AUGAUGGAUCCGGAUUCAAUCUCCCAACAGCUGGUCAUCCAGAUAUCCCUGGCCAAGACCCUGGUGGUCGUUGCCAAAGAAAACAACAAUCUUCAGUUAGCGUGGGAGCUUAGCACCCAGAUCCGCCGCUCUCAAUCUCUCCUCUCCAAUGCCGCUGCCAAGCCGCCAGUGCUGAACUCGGCAGAGUCCGAGGCGGCCGUCCGCCAGAUGGCCCUCCUUCUGCAGACGGCCCAGCAGCUCCAUUACGAUGGCGCCGCCAUGAUUGCGAGGCUCAAGGCCCAGGUCCAGGCGCUGGAGGAAACUGCCGCCGCCGAGAAGGAGAAAAGCACAAGAUACGGGCAGAUAGCGGCGGAGGAGCUCCCCAAGGGGCUGUACUGCCUGGGAGUCCGGCUGACCCGAGAGUGGUACAGGAGCUCGGGCCCUUCGGGGAGGAAGGUGGCCGCCGCCAGCGAAGGGAGGAAGGCGGCCACAGCCAGGAAGCUGACGGACAACAGCCUGUACCACUACUGCGUCUUCUCCGACAACGUGCUGGCGACCUCGGCUGUUGUCAACUCGACGAUGGUCAACUCCAAGCACCCUGAGAAGGUCGUCUUCCACCUGGUCACCGAUGGGGUCAACUAUGCCGCCAUGAGGUCCUGGUUCACCAUGAACAGCUUCCGGGGCGCCGCCGUGGAGGUGCAGAACGUGGACGACUUCUCCUGGCUCAAUGCCUCCUACGUCCCCGUCCUCCGCCAGCUCCAAGACUCGGGUACCAAGAGCUUCUACUUCUCAGGCGGUGAUGGCGGUGGCUCCGGCAAUGGCGGGGGCGGAGGAAAAAUUCCGGUGAAAUUCAGGAACCCAAAGUACCUGUCGAUGCUGAACCACCUCAGAUUCUACCUCCCGGAGGUGUUCCCGGCGCUGGAGAAGGUGAUCUUCCUCGACGACGACGUGAUCGUGCAGCGGGACCUGGCAGCACUCUUCUCCGUCGAGCUCGGCGGCAACGUCAUGGGCGCGGUGGAGACCUGCAUGGAGACCUUCCACCGCUUCCACAAGUACCUCAACUUCUCCCACCCUCUUGUGCGCGCACACUUCGACUCCGACGCCUGCGGCUGGGCCUUUGGCAUGAACGUCGUUGAUCUCCGGGCGUGGCGGCGCCGCAACGUCACCGGUGUGUACCACUACUGGCAGGAGCGCAACGCGGAUCACACGCUGUGGAAGCUUGGAUCGCUGCCGCCGGGCUUGCUGGCGUUCUACGGGCUGGUGCAGCGGCUCGAGCCCGAAUGGCACGUGCUGGGGCUGGGCUAUGCCACUGUCGGGGCCGCCGAGCUGCGGCGGGGCGCCGUCGUGCACUGGAAUGGGAACCAGAAGCCGUGGCUAAAGAUCGGGAAUGAGAGGUACAAGGCCAUCUGGGACAGGUACGUUGACUUCUCCCACCCGCUUCUGCAGCAGUGCAACGUCCACUGA